CGUUUACACUCUUGCUUUCACUCCUCCAGCACCAACUCGUCGACACCUCGCCGUCGACCUCAUCAUCAUCCAACAACAACACUCGCACCCCCCACCCAACUCAACAACAGCAGCAUGUCUGGCCGUGGCAAAGGUGGCAAGGGUCUCGGAAAGGGCGGAGCCAAGCGUCACCGCAAGAUUCUCCGCGACAACAUUCAAGGUAUCACUAAGCCCGCUAUCCGUCGUCUCGCCCGUCGUGGAGGAGUGAAGCGUAUCUCUGGUCUUAUUUACGAAGAGACUCGCGGUGUCCUCAAAAUCUUCCUCGAGAACGUCAUCCGCGACUCGGUCACCUAUACUGAGCAUGCCAAACGCAAAACGGUCACGGCGCUCGACGUUGUAUACGCUCUGAAGCGCUCCGGUCGUACCCUUUACGGUUUCGGGGCUUAA